ACUCUGGUCGGCCACACACUGCUGCUGAGCUGCUGGGCCGGCGGAGGGGUGGUAGGCGCAACCGUGUCGGGCAAACGCACCAGACGCCGCAAGCGAGCGGACGCGACGGAGGAGCCGCGGUGCGGGGACCGGCGCACGGCUAGCACGAGCUCGGACGGGGAGCAACCGCAGGGUGCGGGUGCAGGGCUGGGGAUCGGUGUGGAGGAAGCUGCCGGCAGCAGCAGCUCGGUGCCGGACGAGCAAGCCAAGGGUGAGGAAACAACAACAGCAUCAGCAGCAGCGACGACGGCGGCGACGACAACGAUCCUAGCGGAAGGGGAAGGUGCCGAUUCCGCCCUCGUGCCCGGCACAACCGCGCUCGACACCGAGGAGCGAGUGACGCCGGAGGAGAAGGAGGAAGCGGAACCGAGGGGGCAGCGUGACCCGGCCGACGGUGACGGGAGUGGCCACGGUAACAGCGGCUCGGCCAAGCAGAAGCGCACCGGCGCCGACAGCAGCAGCACGUGCGGGUCAGACGGAGGAGGCGGGCGGGCGGCGGCGGCGGCGGGUGGUGGUGGCAUCGCUGGUGGAGUAGCCGAGCGGCCGGACCGACUCGGACCGGACGGCGACAAUCAGCCCGAACCGCACCGGCAGCAAGACCAAGCGGAGGAGGAGGACGGUGGAGACGCAGAGGAGGGAAGCGAGCAACAGGAAGCGGCACGAGGGCAGCAGCAGCCGGGCCGGGACGCCAGCGCGAGCAGCAUGCCUGUGCGGGUGGAUAUAGUGCCGCCGCCGCCGAACAACUCCAAACAGCUCGGCGUCACCAAAUCGCUCCUGUACAAUGGUUCUAAGUUUCGCGGCUCCCAGAAAUCGAAGGGCAACGCGUACGAGGUUGAAGUGGUGCUGCAGCACGUUGACGAAGCAAACUCUUAUCUGUGCGGAUAUCUCAAAAUCACCGGGCUGACGUUCGAGUUUCCCACCCUGACGACCUUCUUCGAUGGUGAAAUUAUCUCGAAAAAGUAUCCCUUCCUGACGCGCAAAUGGGACGCGGACGAGGAUGUAGAUAGAAAGCAUUUUGGAAAAUUUGCUGCCUUCAGCGAGUACCAGAAGACGUUCAACUCGGACGACUUCGACUACGAUGCGCUAGCGAAGAGUGACUACGUGUUUAUGCGCUGGAAGGAACACUUUCUGGUACCUGAUCACAAGAUAAAGAACAUCAACGGUGCGUCGUUCGCCGGGUUCUACUACAUCUGCUUCCAGAAAUCGCAAGCCGUUAUGGAGGGUUACUACUAUCACCGCUCCUCCGAAUGUUUUUUUCUCGCCAACUAUCCCGCCCACAGGUACCAGUCGCUAACGCUGCAGCACGUGGCCGAAUCCUGUAUUCAAAUUUACGAGUUUAGAUAAUUUCCCGUCGUCCCCCUGCAGCCAAACGGGAGGAUGAGAGUGCUGGUGUGGUGAUGGUGGUGGUGGUCGACAAUGCAAUUGCCGGUGGGUGCGGGUGGGGUAAAGGUAAACCCCACUAGCUGGGGGUUUUCUUACCAGUAAGUGACGCUAACCACACACACACACGCACACACACACGUGUACACGUUGCUAGAUUUUGAAUAGUUUUUCUUUCUUUUUCUUCUUACGUUUUAAGCCACAGUAUGGCAAUUGCGACGGAAUGCGUCCAAAACUUAGCUACUAGCAUCAAAAACACGCAACAAAUUACCGACAACGAAAUGCCGGACGUCGUGCCGGCCGGAAGAAUUAGCCUAUUAGCGUAACAGAACAUGGGGGGAGGGGAAUGGGAUAAUGGAGGAAAAACGGAGAAAACGUGAGAAAACGGAUGGUUCAAGUAAAAUUAGCACAACGAACAAAACCAGCAAACACAUUUUUGACCACACACACGAAAACAAAAAAAAAACAAAAAAAAAAGAAAUCUUAUCGUAACGCAAGAUAACAAAACGUAACGAAGGCGGCAAAAUGAAAGAAAAGGAUAGGAUUGUUGUUUUUUUUUUCAAUUAUAUAAUAGUUUAAAAUUUAAAUCCGCUCAUUGCUAACUUUAUGUACGUUAGUUAUGUAUAACAAAUACCUUUUUUUUUUAAAGUAGAAACUAUUAUUAAAUUAUCGCUCGUGGGCAUACCGAUAAGUGUGGUUGCCUGUUCUGUGUGAGUGAGUGUGUGUGUGUAGAAAUUUCAUUUCUACAUUUUUUUUUUCCUUACAAAAUGAUAAACAGACACAAGCUUACAUAUUUCAGCAGGCAAUAUUUUGCAGGGAACCAGUUUAUACUCACUCACACACACACACACACACACACACACACACACACACACACACACACACACACAUUACAGGAUUUUCCAGGAGUUCUCGUAGCUGUGGGACACUUUAUAAACACUUUCUUGCGUGAAAUGAACUUAAUGUAAUGGGAAUUGGACUCUCUAGCAUCCUUGUUGAACAAAUCCAACUGGAAUUUCUAGGAAUAGAGUCAAAUUUCCAACAUGAAACUUCAUUCACUUCCACUGGGGAAGAGUGUAGGAAGUGUCCCAUAACUAUGAGAACCCGUGGAAAACCCUGUAUAGAAAGGAAUAAGGAGUUUUCGAUUUUACGGGUUGCGCUAAUAUUACAUUAUACCGUUGCCCGUCAAGGGUUGUAAUUGUACAUUAAUUGCCUGCUGCUCUUUGGAUACAUUUUUGCUACAUUUUGUUGAAAAAGUUUCUCGCCGACCUUCUUCAGAGUGGUCAGAGCUAUCGUUCACAAGGCAAUAAGGUGUGUGCUUGUGUGUGUGUGUGUAUGUGUGACAGCGUGCGGGAGUCAAUGUACAGAUAAGACAGUUUAAGAAGACAUUAAACCAUAUAACAAACGCCCGAAAGCUGUGCCCGGGCGAGGAGAAAGCUCCGAUACAUGCAAUAGCUACUAGUUGUAAUGUAGUGUCCUAAUCUGCCUCCUGCACAAAAAUCAUGCAGUGAAACCCGAACAUAGCAACAUAGCAGCAAACAAACAAACAAGAAAAAGACAAAUGAAAAAAGAUGAAUUCAAAUGUAAUUAAACGCAGUAAUAACCACGUGUUUUCCCCCCAUUUUACCAUGUUAAUGUUAAUAGAAAGCUCCCCCCC